AAAUUUCAAUCAAUCAUCAUCAUCAUUUGAAUUGAAUUCCGAUCAAAAUAUUGUUGAUAAUAAUAAUGAUUUAAAAUUGGAUAAAAAAUCAUCAUCAUCUUUAAUGAAUCCAUUACGUAAACGUUUAUAUUAUUCAAUCAAAUUAAGACAAUUUCAACAAAUUUGUUUAAAAAAUCCAAGUGAUAAUGAUCUAGUCGAAUUGGUUAAUUUUUUUAAACAUUUUUAUCAACAAAAUGAUGAUGAUAAUAAUAAUAAUAAUCAAAUGAUUACGACAAAUUCUAAGGAACAAGAACAACAACAACAACAAACAAUCAAUGAUUCAAUUAUCAAUCAUAUUAUUAUUCGUGAUGGUACUAUUACUGAUAAUGGUUUAGAAAUUUUAUUAACUACAUUUGCCAAAACAUUACAUUCAUUUGAAUUGAUUGGUUGUAACGAACUAAGUAAUUCAGGUCUUUGGUCUGGUCUAGUACCAAAAUUACGUUUAUUAACCAUACAAGAUUGUAUUAAUAUUUCUGAUGAUACUGUUACUAUAUUAUGUCAACUAUUAACAUCAUUGGAAAUAUUUCAAUUUCAGGCAUAUCAUGUAACCGAUAUUGCAAUGGCAUAUUUUAGUACAUCAUUAAUACGUCAUUCAUUACGUAUAUUAACAUUACAACAUUGUUGGGAAAUAACUAAUCAAGGUGUUGCUAAUAUUGCACAUUCAUUACCAAAUUUAACAUCAUUAUCAUUAUCUGGUUGUUCAAAAGUAACUGAUGAUGCAAUCGAAGUUGUUGCCGAACAAUUACGACAACUACAACAAUUAGAUUUAAGUUGGUGUCCAAGAAUUAGUGAUGCUGCAUUAGAAUUUAUUGCCUGUGAUUUAGCCGAUACAUUACAAACAUUAGUAUUGGAUAGAUGUCUUCAUGUAACCGAUAUUGGUUUAGGAUAUUUAGCUACAAUGGCUAAUCUACAACAUUUAUCAGUACGUUGGUGUCCACAGAUUCGUGAUUUUGGUUUGCAAGCAUUAACAUCAUUACGAUCAUUACGUACAUUAUCUAUUGCAGGUUGCUCACAUGUAACCAUAACUGGAAUGUCAUUCAUAACACGUAUGAGACAAUUAGAAGAAAUUGAAUUAACAAAUUGUCCAGCAGCAACUAAAGAUUUAAUAAAAUAUUUAUCCGAAAGUAUGCCCGAAACAUGUACAAUUAUUACCUGAUAGAAAUAAUCAAAAACAACCAACCAACCACCAACAUCAUCAUUAUCAACACACCUUUGCAAAUGUCAUCUACCUCGAACACUUUGUUGAAUUUUUUUUCCUUCUCAUUUCUCUCUCUCUCUACUUCAAAUCAAAAUCAUCAAGCAAAUUUCCGACUAUUUCAUCAAUCAGCUGCUAUCAAUAACAUCUGGUCCGAAAAAAAACUACUGAACCACCGCUACUACCAAUAUUUAUAUAUAUCAAAUGUUCAAUAUUUAGAUAUUUUUUUUUCUCAUUCAUUCAAAAACUUUUUCUGAUUCCUGAUUCCAUUUUCAUUAUUAUUAUUCUUCGUUAAUUUUCUUCGUUUAUUAAUCCUCUCUCUUAUCACAUUAUUUUGUUUCAAUCAAACAAAAUCCCAUUGCCAUAAAUAUGAUAUGUAUAUCAUAUCAUCGCAUAUAUGAAACAAAGACAAACACACACACAGUCAGUCAUAUUUCAUUUUUAUUUUCAUUUUCACAC